AUGGGUCAAAUACAAACGCACCUUGAUUCCAACUAUACAUUGGUGAAUUACACGGAUUUAUAUGACGCGAUUGAUGAAGUAAAAUAUGAUGCCUGUGCUGUUGCUGACGAGCCUAAAUAUUUGAGCAGUUUCGGAGUGACUUUAGCCGUUCCAGAAUGGGAAGCCAUUUGUACAGCGAUAAUAUUAACGCUAAUAAUUAUUUCAACUAUAAUAGGUAAUAUUCUUGUAAUUCUUAGUGUAUUCACAUAUAAACCAUUACGAAUUGUACAAAAUUUCUUCAUUGUAUCAUUAGCGGUUGCAGAUCUAACUGUGGCCAUUUUAGUGUUGCCGCUUAACGUAGCAUAUUCAAUCUUAGGGCAAUGGGUUUUUGGAAUAUAUGUCUGUAAAAUGUGGCUGACGUGCGAUAUAAUGUGUUGUACCUCAUCUAUCUUGAAUUUGUGCGCUAUAGCCCUCGACCGAUACUGGGCCAUUACGGACCCUAUAAAUUACGCACAAAAGAGAACGCUAGAAAGGGUCUUGUUGAUGAUAGGCGUAGUUUGGGGGCUCUCAUUGAUUAUAAGCUCUCCUCCGCUGCUCGGAUGGAAUGAUUGGCCUGAUGUUUUUGAACCUGAUACGCCUUGCCGACUGACUUCGCAACCUGGAUUUGUAGUAUUUUCUUCGUCGGGCUCCUUUUAUAUACCAUUAGUAAUAAUGACUGUAGUGUACUUCGAAAUAUAUUUGGCCACUAAAAAAAGGCUAAGAGACCGUGCUAAAGCUACAAAGAUAAGUACUAUUUCGAGCGGCCAGAACAGAUUUAACACAAAAGAUGACCAAAAUGAUCAAGACUCUGUAAGCUCAGAAGCUAAUCAUAACGAACAUCAAGGUGCUACCCGGUUGGUGUCUGACAACGAAAAGAAAAAAAGGACAAGAAAAUUAACACCCAAGAAAAAACCUAAGAAAAAGUACUGGUAUAAAGAUGAUAAAUCUCAAAACAAAUUGAUAAUACCGAUACUAUCAAACGAAAAUUCAGUUACAGAUAUAGUUGAUAAUGAUAAUAGGAACACAUCGUCUGAAAGUAAUUCUAAAGAUACCCCUGAUAACGAACUGAUAGAAUCAGCAAAGCCAGUAGCAGCAAAACCACAGAAGCAAGUGAGACCAAACCAACAAAAUACAGUGUAUCAGUUUAUUGAAGAAAAACAACGAAUAUCAUUAACUCGCGAGCGACGUGCAGCCAGAACUCUAGGUAUAAUAAUGGGAGUAUUUGUCGUGUGUUGGCUACCUUUUUUUGUCAUUUAUCUCGUGAUCCCGUUCUGCGCGAGCUGUUGUUUGUCCAAUAAAUUCAUCAACUUCAUUACCUGGCUUGGAUAUGUGAACUCAGCAUUGAAUCCUUUAAUAUACACUAUAUUUAACAUGGAUUUUAGAAGGGCAUUUAAGAAGUUGCUCUGCAUUAAAGCAUAA